AGUGACCCUUUGACGCCGGGUUCACGCGUGCACGUGGUUUGCAGGCAGCCUGCUGUUGUUGCUCGGAAUCUUUGAGCGCGUAAAAAGAUAGCUUUUUUUCUUACCCAGCCGUUGUUUGCGUCAAAUAUCGCUUCGCAACGGCUAAUCUUAUUUGUAUUACUAAUUUUGACCCACUGUUGUUAUUUAACAUGAAUACUGCGGGGUUUUACUCCAGUUCUCUCACGUCUUCUCUUAUCACAGUUUUGCCACCCACACAGUCCCUCGGUGUCAGUUUAAAGAGAUCCUUUUCCUCACGUCCCUUUAUCGGUUAGUUUUCCCCAUUUCCUCUUCACAUAGGCCUACAGAUAAACGCUUCAUCAUUGUGUCGUUCGACUGACUGUCGAGUCCUUAUGAAAAUGCAAAUACUUCCCUGAAGGAGAAUGGGCCUCUGCUGGGAUUUCACUGAGAUUGAGGGGAUUCCUCGCCUUCAUUUUUCACCUUGUUGGAGUCUAUUGUCAUUGAUGUUGGGCGCCCGCUGCUUCAGAGGGAUUCAGUAAGGCUGGCACUUUCUCUACUGCCAGAUACUGACAUGUGUUUGGGGGCUGAUGUCUUGAUGCUUUGAUGAGGUAACGGCGGACUCCGGAAGCCCAGCCCUUGCGUUGAGCAACCCCUUCCCUCUCCCCUCCUCCCUACCCCUUUCCAGCCAGCCAAGCCAUGGGCCAGAAAAUCUCAGGGAGUAUCAAGUCCGUAGAUGUGCGAGGGGAGCCGUCCUUCAGGCCCCUGAGGAGGGAACUGAGAGGGCCAGAUUUCUUCAAGCCAGCCCGACUGGAUCUACUCCUGGACAUGCCUCCUGCUUCAUAUGAGCAACAGCUUCGGCAUGCCUGGAACUCGGACGACCGCUCCCUUAACAUCUUCAUUAAGGACGAUGACAAACUUACCUUCCAUCGGCACCCAGUUGCCCAAAGUACCGAUGGCAUUCGUGGACGGGUGGGAUACACACGAGGACUCCAUGUUUGGAGGAUCCAUUGGCCUGCUAGGCAAAGGGGCACGCAUGCUGUGGUGGGUGUGGCCACAGGAGAUGCCCCAUUGCACUCUGUAGGGUACACCUCUUUAGUGGGCAGCGAUAGUGAGUCCUGGGGCUGGGACCUGGGACGUAACAAGCUCUACCACAACAGUAAGAACCGGCCGGCCUCUUCUGCACCCACAUAUCCAAGCUUCCUGGAGCCAGAGGAGGCUUUUGUGCUACCAGAUACACUGAUGGUGGUGCUGGACAUGGACGAGGGCACACUGAGCUUCAUGGUGGACGGACAGUACCUUGGAGUGGCCUUCAGAGGUCUUAAGGGCAAAAAGCUGUACCCCAUUGUCAGUGCGGUAUGGGGGCACUGUGAGAUCACCAUGCGAUACAUCAACGGCCUAGAUCCGGAGCCUCUCCCUCUGAUGGACCUGUGUCGACGUGCGGCGCGACUGGCUCUGGGACGAGAGCGUCUACAGGAGAUCGAGACAUUACCUUUGCCCCAGUCUCUCAAGAAUUACCUCCAGUACCAGUGAGAGCGCAGACUCUCAUGUAGAGACGCAGAGACAAAGAGAGGAAACCUGAGGUGCUACUAUAGCGCCACCGUCAGGCCGCAGAGGGAAAAUGUUUACAUUGUGGCUCACUGGUGGAAUCUUAAGUUCGUUUUUUCCUUAGUUUGUUUUUUGUUUUCCUCUUUAUGAGUUGUUUAAAUUAUUGAUGGCUUUGAAAGAAGCUGGAAAGAUGCAGAGCAAAAGCGGCGGCUGCUCAGCAGACCUGCAGCGCCUCCCGGUGUAUGUCUCGCCCCUGGAGAAUACGACAGGAUAGUGGCAUUUCAGAAAGCACAUUAACCUUGGGAUGCCUUUGAAAGCCCACAGUAGUAAUCUUUUCGAAAGACCGUGGCGGUCUCUAGAGUUAAAAACCAUCACAUGGGAUCCUCAGCGAAUGAAACAAAGCCCUUGAGGGUGCUAGGAUUUUCACACAGGACCACCUAGAGAAGGUAACAUGACUGACAGGAGCCAUUUUCCCCUUUUAUCUGGGAUGGAGUCUAUAACCAAGGACACACACAUACGCACGCACGCAUACGACCAACAAUAAAUCACCGAAUUCACUUCUUUUUUUUUUUCUUUGUGAGCUUGAGUCACUUUUCUAUCUGAGUUUAUUGUCAGCGUGAGAUUGAUUGAUGAUGAUGACAAUGUUUGGCUAUCUUUUUAAUUUUAUUUAUCAGGUUCUAGAUCCUUUUUAAUGAACUGAGGAUGUGCAAACGAGCACAUAGAUAUUGAACACUAUCCUACACUCGUCACAUAUGGCUUUCGAUUUUAAACUGGGAUGCUGCUUUUAUUAUUAUUAUUAAUAAUAUUAUUAUUAUGAUUAUUAUUCUGUCUGAAUGCUCAGAUGGAAGUCUGGUUUUUCCAAGGCACACAGUGGAAUGUAAAGAUCUUGCUAGCGUUAGCAUAUUUGAAAUGUGAAUAAAAGCCAAGUGAAUGAGAAAGC